CUUUUUUACCAGUGUUCGAGAUGUCUGUCAGUUGCGGGUGUUGCUUCUUCUUUUUCUUGAAAAUACCCUGCAUUCUAGUUUUUUUGUGAAAGGACAAUAUAUACCCUGCUAAUAUUUCAGAUCGUUCAAUUCAACCACUUAUCAUUGGUUUCUAGGGACGAAACAGUUUGAUUUUGAACAAAAAUGUUCCGAUACUUUCGAUAUUGGUUGAUAUAUUUUCUAUACAUUUUGGUUUCAUUCGUUUAAUCAAUAUGUUAUCUCACUUGCAGUACACAUUUAAACAGAUAAUUUCACCUGUGACCAAAAUUUCCUUUAAAUGUUGAGCGUGAGGAGCCAGUAUACUAAGAACAAUUAUAAAUUGAGCAGCAUUUCCACUACGCACACGAUUGCUCCAUCAGAAAAAUGCACAAAAUCCAAAAUGUAAAUAAAGUUAUCACUAGCUGUCAGAAAAGUGAGGUUAUAGAAAUUCGGUGAGACAGUCUAUUACCGGGCCAAAUGAGAGUGGAUAUUUCCAAGACGAUUGUUCCUAAUAUCCGUUUCCCAGGUGUAAUCGAUGGCACUCAUUGGCGUAUCUUCGAACUCGUGAGUAGACCUGGACUGGUCUUUAUCCAAAACCCCUUCACCGAGCAUGCUCAACGCUACUGGAUUGCUCGAAGCGUUUGUGACUAUCCGAAGCACCCAAACCGUACCAAUCUACCGGCUAGUGUGAUAGCCAAGUAUUCACCACACAGUAACAAACCGGAUAAGGAACUAAGGCAAAGCUUCGACUGGUGGCAAACGGCUCUAGAUAUCGAAGACCCCCAAGAACGUAGUAAGUUUUUGAAAACCUUAAGGUGGACCACUCUGGGUUAUCACUACGACUGGACGAACAAAGUGUACGACGAAGCGGCCAAGGCGGCUUUUCCGACCGAUCUCGCCGCACUGUGUCACCAUUUUGCUAAAUCACUUGGCUAUGGAGAUUUUCGACCGGAGGCGGCUAUCGUAAACUACUACCCGGUGGGUAGUACUUUGGCCGGACACACGGACCACUCGGAGAAAAACCUAGAUGCGCCGCUGUUUUCUUUUAGUUUUGGACAACCGGCUGUCUUUUUAAUUGGUGGUCCCAGCAAGGACGAACGACCGGAUGCCUUGUUGCUGCGGAGUGGCGACGUAAUUGUCAUGACUCGAGCCAGCAGGCUGUGCUAUCAUGCGGUUCCUAGAGUUUUCACAGAUCGCACCGAACGGUGUUGCUUGUGGGCGGAGGGACGGGAGCUCCCGAACGACCAGUCAUUAGAGGAACCGGAAGCGCAAACUAUCCUGUGUAGCAGCACUAUUUCGGCUGCGGCCGCCACCUUUUGCCACCGUUCGGUGAAUUCGCCGCAUCAGGACCGUGGCUGGAGUGCCUUCGUUGAUUACAUUAGUAAUAGCCGAAUCAACAUCAAUAUUAGACAAGUUUUAAAUGAAGGGAAAAAUCAGCUGUAAAUGAAACCCAUCCUCAGGGGGAGCGUGGAGAAGCUUCCGGUAUUGUGC